CCACUUUAGCCGGCGCUUCAGUCGCUUCUUCGUUACCCGCCACCAAACAUGCAUACGGAAACGUGCCCUCGACAUCCUGUCGUGUUCGAAUCAGACAUUGUGCGACUGACAGCAACUCGAUGCUAGAUACACUGACUCACUCCAGCCUACGUCAACCAUUCAGUACGAAGAGGCUCGUUCUAGGACCCGCACCAAUCAGAACAAGGUCCACCUCCAGCAGCGCGCAACAUCACAGCACUUGGUCGAGAAACCUCUCAAACUUCAGAGCCACGCCUAUUGCGCUACGCUGGUCUGCACAAAGGUCGCGCUGGGUGUUGUCGCUCUCUCGACCGCCUCUCUCUCUCGACUUCAGUCUCAUAAACCCCGGCCUCUCCGGCCCCAACAACCGACUCACCUCAUCCAGUUCCCACCCCGUUGCCAUUCCCCUGCCCGUGCCUUCCACCUCUCCAGACCCGGACCCAGAACCAGAACCCUUCGAUCUCCUUGAUCUGUCACUGGGGGUUGAAUGUGGCGUCCUGCCUUCCAUGGCCCGUCCCGUCACUCUCGUAGCUCUGCAUCAGCCGCGUGCGGAGUCAAGCUUGUGCCCGACCCAGUGGGGGUGGAACAAAGGGCUUGAACACGUGAGAUUGCACGCAGGGGUAGCAAUGGAACUGCUUCAUCAAGCUCGAACAAUCCAGCAAUGGAUGGUGGGUAGGAUUGUGGUGUCCGAGGCUUGCAAUGAGCUUCGAAGUAAAACUCGGUAUCAGAAUGCGUCGACCCCGAAAGACUCCUAACAACCUUCACCGGCUCCAUAUAGAUGUGCUUUCCCUGAACGUAAUCCAUAACCAAACACAACACAAACACCGAACCAAACAAGACCACACUGCCUGGUGGAAGUUCUCCGCAUCCACAUGCGCAUACGUAGGCCAGAACCUCCAGAAGAAUGCAAACAACACAUACGUCGAGCCGAUGCUAUUGACGAGCACAUCCCAUCUUCCCAAACUCCAUUGCGCACUGGGCACCAUCAACGACAGCCCGAGAGAGCUCCAGUCGCCGGCGUUGGAGAAGUCGGUGAAUACGUCUUUUGCUGUACGGUGCGGUGCCAGACACCACAGUGUUACGACGAC